AUGAUAAUAUUGAUCUUUCUUUUUUAUGAGCAACUUUUUUUGACUUGUAGUAAGAAAAAUUUUUAUUUUAGAAUGCAAAUAUCUAUUAUCAACAGAUCUAACAAGCAAAAGCAUUUUAUGCUUAUGGUAAGAUGAAACCUAGAGUCUUACUUUAUCAUUUUGUACAAAUGAAUUAGCUGAAAACUACAUAGGUUUAGAAACAAGUUUAUUUUAAAUUUAUUGGAAGAGAACAUUCUCUCUACCUAAAACAAAUAGAGUAUAUGUUUAUUUUGAGAUUUCCUUAUCUGGCAAUUGGAAUAAUGAUGAACUACAGAUCUUUGCAAACGAUUUAAUGGUAUACUCCUAAUAAUUCACUCUCACAGAUUCCAAUAGGAAUUGUAAUUAAAGGUAUAAUUUUUGAUCAAUUAUAGAUUUCUAUAUGAGUCCUAAGGAUAUUUUAUGAUUAAUAUGAGAUUAGAUUCUUUGAAAUUAGAAAUAAAAGUCAAAAAAACAAACUUAGGUAUUUAUUUCAAAAAUUUGGUUUUGCUUUAAAAAUAAUAAAGGGGUAGAGAUGAAAUUCUUCAAUUUUUCGAUUUUAUACCAACAUGUGAUCCAAAUUUUAAUUUUUCACAAUAUUAUUGCAAGUGCUCAAAUAAUUUAGUCUAUCAACCUAAUUAAUGUAUUUCAACAUGUGGGUAAAAUUAUUUGUAUGACUCUACUGAAAAAAAGUGUCUUGCAAAAGAUUAUUGCUCUUCUUGUGUCGGAACUCAAACAUCAUUAUCAUGUGAUGCAGGAUAUUAUAAAUAUUCAGAAUCUGAUAUUACUGAAUCUAAUUGUGUUAAGAGAUGCCCAAAUGGCUAUUAUCAAGAUGAGACUGCUAAGGCUUGCACUGAUAUGAAAUCUUAUCUUUAGACUAAUCAAAAUGGAGGAGGUAAAUUAUAAAAAUUAAGAUUUAGAAUAAAUCGGCCAUUAUUACUUUUUUACUACAAUCCCUGAAUUUAUGCAUUUUUAUACAUAUAAUCAUUUUAUGACAACUGUUAUAUCAAUUCCAUAAAAAAUUAAAGAAAGAAGCUUUUUCUUUUAUGGUAAUAAAUUUUAUGUUGGUUCAUUUGAUACAUUUUAAUAUCAAAAGGUAUAUAUCAUAUAAAAUAUUCCGGAUUCUUAAUAUAAAAUAAGGUUUAGAGCAAUAGCCCAUUUUAUUGAUUUUAAUCCUACUAAAUUUGAUAUAACAAUAAAUGGUGUUAAAUAAACAGCUGCUACAUUACAAAUUAACACUAUUAAUAUAUUAUAAUCAUCAAAAUCAGAUUAUAUAGCAUACUUAGAUUAUACAUGGGUGAGAACAGAAUAAUACCCAAUACCUUAAAAUAAUAUUCUUUUUGAAAUUGAAUAACCAUCUUAAGGAGGAAAAUAUAUUGGAGUUUUCUAUUUAGAUGAUAUUCAUCUUUUUCAAUUUCAAUGUUAAACAGGAUGUAAUAAUUGUUUUACAUAUGCUUUUUGCACUCCUUGUCUUUAUCCAGCAAAUAAAGAUCCUGCAGACUGUUCAUGUCUAACAGGAUAUGUCAUGUAGAAUAAUUAAUGCAUAGGUAAUACAGAAUUUUAAGUUAGUUUGCCCUACUUAUUGUACUACUUGUGUUACUGCUGCAGUUUGUGUAGAUUGUUUGGCAUCAACAAAAAGAAUUAAUUCUCCUAAUUGUGAUUAAUGUCCUAUUAAUUAUUAUGUCGAUUCAGCCUAUGUAGAUUGUUAACCAUGUUAAACAGGAUGUCAUUCAUGUACAGUUGGAACUGCAUGUGUUUAAUGCGCUAAUGGAUACUUUAGAAAUCAAUUAAAUUAAUGUAUAACUUAAUGUCCAGAUGGAUAAUUUAAUGAUUCUAGUAAUGUAAAUGAUCCAAAAUGUAGUAUUUGUGAUAAUAAUUGUUUGAAAUGUUAAACAUUAGCUACAACUUGUACUGCAUGUAAAGGAUUGGCUAUUCUUGUUUCUGGUUAAUGUUAUUUAUGUUCUGAAGGUUAAUAUUUAUAAGGAACUACUUGUGUCAAUUGUAUUAAUGGAUGUUAAAUUUGUUCUUCUGUCACAUGCACAACAUGUUAAGAUUCUUAUUAUUACAAAUCAUCAACUAAUGAAUGUAUUUCUGUUUGUGAUCCAGGAUUUUUUGGAAAUACAACCACUAAAACAUGCGACGUAUGCAAUUCCAAUUGUUAAACAUGUUUAGCAGGUACANGAAAUUCUUCAAUUUUUCGAUUUUAUACCAACAUGUGAUCCAAAUUUUAAUUUUUCACAAUAUUAUUGCAAGUGCUCAAAUAAUUUAGUCUAUCAACCUAAUUAAUGUAUUUCAACAUGUGGGUAAAAUUAUUUGUAUGACUCUACUGAAAAAAAGUGUCUUGCAAAAGAUUAUUGCUCUUCUUGUGUCGGAACUCAAACAUCAUUAUCAUGUGAUGCAGGAUAUUAUAAAUAUUCAGAAUCUGAUAUUACUGAAUCUAAUUGUGUUAAGAGAUGCCCAAAUGGCUAUUAUCAAGAUGAGACUGCUAAGGCUUGCACUGAUAUGAAAUCUUAUCUUUAGACUAAUCAAAAUGGAGGAGGUAAAUUAUAAAAAUUAAGAUUUAGAAUAAAUCGGCCAUUAUUACUUUUUUACUACAAUCCCUGAAUUUAUGCAUUUUUAUACAUAUAAUCAUUUUAUGACAACUGUUAUAUCAAUUCCAUAAAAAAUUAAAGAAAGAAGCUUUUUCUUUUAUGGUAAUAAAUUUUAUGUUGGUUCAUUUGAUACAUUUUAAUAUCAAAAGGUAUAUAUCAUAUAAAAUAUUCCGGAUUCUUAAUAUAAAAUAAGGUUUAGAGCAAUAGCCCAUUUUAUUGAUUUUAAUCCUACUAAAUUUGAUAUAACAAUAAAUGGUGUUAAAUAAACAGCUGCUACAUUACAAAUUAACACUAUUAAUAUAUUAUAAUCAUCAAAAUCAGAUUAUAUAGCAUACUUAGAUUAUACAUGGGUGAGAACAGAAUAAUACCCAAUACCUUAAAAUAAUAUUCUUUUUGAAAUUGAAUAACCAUCUUAAGGAGGAAAAUAUAUUGGAGUUUUCUAUUUAGAUGAUAUUCAUCUUUUUCAAUUUCAAUGUUAAACAGGAUGUAAUAAUUGUUUUACAUAUGCUUUUUGCACUCCUUGUCUUUAUCCAGCAAAUAAAGAUCCUGCAGACUGUUCAUGUCUAACAGGAUAUGUCAUGUAGAAUAAUUAAUGCAUAGGUAAUACAGAAUUUUAAGUUAGUUUGCCCUACUUAUUGUACUACUUGUGUUACUGCUGCAGUUUGUGUAGAUUGUUUGGCAUCAACAAAAAGAAUUAAUUCUCCUAAUUGUGAUUAAUGUCCUAUUAAUUAUUAUGUCGAUUCAGCCUAUGUAGAUUGUUAACCAUGUUAAACAGGAUGUCAUUCAUGUACAGUUGGAACUGCAUGUGUUUAAUGCGCUAAUGGAUACUUUAGAAAUCAAUUAAAUUAAUGUAUAACUUAAUGUCCAGAUGGAUAAUUUAAUGAUUCUAGUAAUGUAAAUGAUCCAAAAUGUAGUAUUUGUGAUAAUAAUUGUUUGAAAUGUUAAACAUUAGCUACAACUUGUACUGCAUGUAAAGGAUUGGCUAUUCUUGUUUCUGGUUAAUGUUAUUUAUGUUCUGAAGGUUAAUAUUUAUAAGGAACUACUUGUGUCAAUUGUAUUAAUGGAUGUUAAAUUUGUUCUUCUGUCACAUGCACAACAUGUUAAGAUUCUUAUUAUUACAAAUCAUCAACUAAUGAAUGUAUUUCUGUUUGUGAUCCAGGAUUUUUUGGAAAUACAACCACUAAAACAUGCGACGUAUGCAAUUCCAAUUGUUAAACAUGUUUAGCAGGUACAGAUAAAGACUGUUUAAGUUGUUCACCAGGUAAAGUACUUAAUAUCUACAAUGUAAUAAGUGGAGAGUGCAACAUAAACUGUUUGCUAGGAUUCUACAAAGUAAAUGAUUAAUGUUUGAAAUGUUGGAAGGGUUGUUCUGCAUGUAUGGACUAAACUCAAGCCUGCUUAACAUGUGCGAGCAAAUUUUAUAGAUUAAAAACCACCGGUUGGUGUUAUGAAACAUGUCCUGAUGGAUAUUAUAAUAAUAAAAUAGGUUAUUUAUGUUCUCCUUGUAACACUUAAUGUAAGACCUGCUAUGGUUUUUCAGAAUUAACUUGUUUAUCAUGCAAUGCUCCUUUAGCCUACUUUUAAAACUAAUGUUUAGUUGAAUGUUAUGAUGGUUAUGGGAGCAUAAAUAAUAUUUGUGAACCAUGUGCAGCUAAUUGUAAGAAAUGCUUUGGUACAUAACCUAAUGAAUGUCUUUAGUGUAAAAAUGGGUUUUACACUCUAAAUAAUCAAUGCUAUAUUAAAUGUCCAAGAUCAUUUUUUGGUAUCAGACCUUAGUAUGUUUGUAAAUGUAUAUAUGACAAUUGUAUAACUUGUACAGCAACUUAAUAUUUCUUGGAUAAUUAAUGCUAUACUAAUUGUCCAACUGGUUAUUUUGGAUAUAAUGGUUUAUGUAUUAAAUGUGAUUUGACUUGCGGAACUUGCUUUGGAGAAGGAAUAGAUGAAUGUUCUUCUUGUAAAUCUGGUUUAAUCUUAUAUUAAAAUACUUGUAUAGCAAACUGUUUAGGAAACCUGUAUCAUGAUGUUGUAGCUAAUGAGUGUAAACUAUGCAAUAUAGAGUGUGCUGCUUGUACAGGGCCUAAUAAUAAUUAAUGCACUGCUUGUCCAAAUGAAAAAUUAUUAACAAUUGAAAAUAGUUGUAAAGAUAUAUGUACUGAUGGUUCAUUUUUGAUAUAAAGUGAAUAAAGAUGUUAUCAAUGUCAUGCAACUUGUAAAACUUGUUUUGGAUCUUCUGAUGAAAAUUGUUUAACAUGCACAAAUUUAUUUUAAGCAAAUUAAUGUGUAAGUACAUGUUCUCCUGGUUUCACAAUUAAUGCUACUGGAACAGCAUGUGAUUCUGAUUUUACUCAAGUAGUAGGAGCUUGUUCAUAUUAGUGUAAGACUUGUGAAUUAGCUGCAAGGUAUUGUAAAUCUUGUUCAGGAAAUCGUAGUCCUAAUCCACCUAAUUGCGAUUGUGAAAAUGGUUAUUUUGAUGAUGGAAGUAACUCUAAUUGUCCGAAAUGUGAUAAUAAAUGUUUGACUUGUAAAGGAUUAGCAAAUCUUUGUCUUAAAUGUAAAGGGGAUAGAUUAUUACCAACAUGUGCUUGUCCAGAAUUUUAUUAUGAUGAUGGAGAAUCAGUUAAUUGUGUUAAGUGUUAAGAUAAUUGUAAAACUUGUGAUGUUAAUGGAUGUACAUCUUGUCUGGGAGAUAGAAUUAAUAAUCCUGAUUGUGUAUGUCCUGAUGGUUAUUUUGAUACAUAUCAAACUUAUUGUUCAUAAUGCGCAAAAAAAUGUGUAACUUGUGUUGGAUCAGCAGGAUUAUGUGAAGAAUGCUCAGGUGUUAGAGUUAGAAAACCACUUUGUGAAUGCCCAGAAGGUUAUUAUGAAAAUUAUGAUUAUUAAUGUAUACAAUGUGAUCCAUCUUGUAAAAUUUGUAAUUAAUUUGGAUGUUUAUCUUGUAAAGGAAAUAGAGUAGGCACAAUUAAUGGUGAAUGUUAAUGUGAUUAGAAAGGAAUCAAUAGAUUAAGUAUUGGAUCAGUUUAUUGCACAGACUGUUAUUUUGGAGUACCAUAUUUUGGAUUGAAUGAAGAAUUUACUGGGUUUAAUUUUGAUUUUGGAGGAUCUAUAGUUUAUUUGGAUUAAGGAAUUACAGAUUUAUGUGAAGCUUUCUUUGAAUCUGAAACACUUUUAAAAUUAGGAACAUAACCUCUCUGUAAUUCAGAUUACUCAGUAAUUUUUGGACAAAACCCAACCAUAUAAGUAGGUGAUACUAUUCAAUUAAAAUUAUCCUUUAUGUUAGCAGGUUGUGAAUAUCAAUUUUUCAAAAUCCUUCCUAUGCCUCUCUCUAUUCCAUCUACAAUAGAUUUAGAUACUCAUAAGCCAAGUGUCAAAUUCAAUGAUAUAAGUACCUUAAAUAUUUGUUCUGAUUUAAUUAUUAGAUUUGAAGAAUUAUUCUAUAAUGGAAAGUAAAAUUUGAAAGUUAUUUCAUGGAAUCAAUAUAUUCCUUCAUUAAUAGACCCUUAAAUUUAAUCUAUAUUAAAUGCUAAUACUUUAAAUCAUAGUGAUACUAUUACUUUUCCACCAAAAAUCUUCUAAUCGAAUAUUAGAUAUAAAUUCGGUGUUACUAUUGAAAGUUUUGCUAAAUUAUAGAACAUAAAUUAUUUUUAAUUUGAAGCUUCUCAAUAAUCCAAAAUUAAUUUUUAUCCAGUUUCAACUAAUAAUUAAUUUCAUAGAUAUGAUCAAAUCUCAAUCUAAUGUUAAAUAUCUUAUUCAAAUUGUAUAGAAAAAGUAUAUCCAGAGUAAACUUUAGUUUAUGAAAUUAAAUUGAAAAAUAAUAAAAAUUAAUUAUUAAAUGGAACUUUGACAGAAAAUUUAGAAGAUGGAUUUAUUUUCGAUUUUCCUCUUAAUUUCAAAUAAUAUUAUUUUAAUUUUUCUAAUCCAUAUAUUUUAAUUUUUAAUACAAAAUUAAUAAGACCUGAUUAUACUGUUAGUACAUCAUAAAACUUUGAAAUUUAUAUAGUUCCAUCUAGCCCAAUACUUACAAUUGCAGGUGGAAAUAGAAUGAUUGGGUAUACUGAUAAACUAUUUUUAAAUACUACAAUUACAGAUAAAGAUUUAACAGAAACUGAGGCUUCUAAAAUCAUUUAUGAAUGUAAUUGGAGUUGUUAAGAUAUUGUAAAUGGUUCUGCUUGUAUUAAUUAAGAAAAUUAAACAAUUUUAUUUGAUAAGAGUUGUAAUUAAUAUUUACCACCACGUACAUUUGCUCCAUAUUAAGUAUUUAAUUUUGAAGUUAGCAUUAUAAAAGAAGAAAUAGUUUAUUCUACAAAAAUAUCAAUUUAAUUAAUUGAAAUAGAUUUACCAGCUUUAACUGUAUAAGGAGUCAAUGCAUUAGAGACUCAUAAUUAUUAUGAUGAAUUUAUCUAUUAAUUAAUAUAUCCUGGAAUAAAUCCUGAUGUUUUAAUGUAUGCUGGUGCAGUAAUCUAUGAUUAAGUUGUUUAAGCAACUUUCCAAUUUUAUUAUUUAGAGUUUAAAUUUAAAGUCUAAGACUAUUUUACUAAUUUCUAAGAUUCUUUAGGUAAUGGUCUAAAAUUAAGACUAUCAGUUUAUGAUCCUCGUUUCAUAAUGCCUUCUUUAAAUACUUAAAUGUUAACUAUGAAUAUUCCACCUUAAAAUUGUGAAUUGGAAAUGAAAUACAAUCAAGGAUUUGUUGAAUUUAUUGAAGCACUUGAUGUUUCAGUUAUUAAUUGUAUUGAUACUGAUGUACCUUUAUAAUACAGUGUUUGGGUAUUUCCAAAUGAAUCAAUUUAUGAAUCUGAUCUAAUUCAAUCUAAGUUUUACAAUUAUAUAUUACUUGAACCUUAUUAGAAAACCAAUACAUUUAAGUUAUUUUUACCAUAUUAUAAUGAUAAGUAGUAGGUUCUAGUAUUUCAUAUAUAAGAUUCAUAUGGAGGUGUAAUUAAUAUAACUUAGACUUUUGAUGUAAAAUAAUAUUUAUAAAUUGAUGAAACUACUUUUUUUAAUUAUGAAAAGUAAAUUGUAAGUUUAGAUUAAUAAUUAAUUGGAUAUAAUUUAAUUACUGAAAGAUUAAGAUUAAUAAAUGGAUCACAAUAAUAUAAAUAACAAUUAUUCUAGAAAUUGAUUGCUAUUGAUUAAAAUUAAACAUUCUUAAGUAAUUAAACAGAAAGUUUAUAUAGAUCUAUUUCUAAAUUAUUAAGUUAAAAUGUAACGCUAUUAAAUUAAAAUGAAUCAAUGUUACUUAAUUAAUUGAAUUAUAGAAUUAAUUUAGCAUAUAUUUAAUUGACAACAUUUUAUAAUUUAUAAAGAUAAAAUAAAUUGACAUCAAUAUAAAACAUUGAAAAAACUACAUAUACUUAACAAUACUAUACAUUCUCAGAUAUUUUAUCUUCUUGUCUCAAUUAUAGAGUUCAAUAGAACUUAACAUCAACAGAUAUCUAAAAAUAACUAUAAGAAAUGCAAUCAUAAUUAUAAGGUAUUAGUGUACCUAAUGAACCUCUAUAUAAAGUUUAAUCAAAUUCAGUAAAUUUAAAUUUUGGAUUUCUUACAACCAAAAUGGCAGGAGAAGUUACAGGAUCAAAAACAAUUACUAAAAGUAGAUUAUUGGAGGAAGAAGCUGAAAAAUCAGAUACUGAUUAUAAUACUUCAACUAAUUUCUAUAAAUUUUCAAUGACCAGAUUUAUUGAUAAUCCAUUUUAUGCAGACCAAAACUUUCCCAAAAACAGCAGUGGAUAUUAAGCUGUAGAUCCAAAAUUAAUCGCAGAAACUUAAUCUAAUAUCAGUAAAGCAAAUUCUUAAAUGAAAUUCAAGUUUCCAAC